GGGCACUUAAGCGCUCACUCCUAUGUCCUCUUCUAUCCAUGCCGGGCCCCGCAGAGGUUCUGUGAUGACGAGGGACACCUUCUACGCUAUGGCUGAAUCCACGCAACCCCCAUCGCUUGCAGUUUCAGACGUUCAUCAGGCACUCAUCGACGAGUCCGCUGGAUUAGCGUUUCUCAGGGAUGCCGAAAUACCCCAAUCAUGAUGCUCCGUUGCAACAACGUCAAGUUCAUCCACUCCACCCUGUUGUUCAGCAUCAUCCACGAUCGUUCCCCGGAAUAUUAUACGAAAAGCUUCAACUGCUGGUGGUUUGCUGCAGCAUUGGUGCUCUGCGUCAUUUAGACCAAGGGAAUGAUUGGAUCAAGUUUCCCAGCAAGGAUUGGAUUAAAGCCGCUGCAAAAGUCAUGGGCAGCGGUACGAAGGAAGUAACGAAGAAUGUGACACAUGAAUUUCUCUCACUGUGCAAUGUCCGAAAAGCUGUGGACCUGAGCAAUGAAGCAACCUGGGGGCAUAGUACGUCGGGGACAGAGUCUCUGCUUCAACCCUCUCCUCAACCCAAUCUUCCGCCCCGUCCCACCUUAAUACCUCAACGCACACUUAUGCCCCAACCUCAACUCACUGUACCCCAGAAUCCUCUUUCCCAGUCCCCACCCAGCAUCAUCUAUGGCGGUACGUCUCACCCAGUAUCCCAGCCCACUUAUCAAGAACCCAACUAUCAUGGUCCUCAGGCUAUCUACCGAGUGAACGGAAUGAAAGUUAUGGACUUGCCGAUUACGGACUCGCCGCGAUCUAUGUCGAGCACCCUUCCGCCAUUGAUGGAAACUCAUUCCGAGCAUGGCCCUGAUCAUCCACCUCCUAUCACCGUGCCGAGAGGCCUCGGAAUCGCCGAUUUGGACGCCGUGGUGUCCCAUGAGUUUUUGCUUCAAUCCCCUCCUCAACCUAACCCUCUGCCCCAUCCCACCUCGGUGCCUCGACCCACAUAUAUGCCGCAGCCUAGACCCACACUUAGUAUGCCUCAACCUCAACUCACUUUGCCUCUUUCCCAAUCCCCACCUGGCACCACCUACAACUAUGGAUAUGGCGGCACGCCUCGCCAGUAUCCCAGUCCACUUAUCUAGAACCCAAUUCUCAUGAUCCUCAGUCUAUCCACGGAAUAACCGUGGGCUCCUUUUAUUCCUGGUUAUUUGUAGUACUAAAUUAGACUUGUGUGCACGGGGGGCCCCGGCACUCAUGCUAUGUAUCUCUUUCUUUAUCUUGCGUGCUUGGGCUCUAACGCCUUCAACUGAUUACGCUGUACCUGUCAUCGGCUUUUUC